UGUCCUUUCGAUCGUGUGUAGGCGCGUAUAGGCAUAACUGUCACUGAAACGUUUUCGCCAUCACGAAUAUCCUGCGGAAUAUAAGUGCAGAAUAACUGACGUCGUGUCUGGCACAUAAGCAAGCAUGCCCAAGGUUCCCCGAGGAUUUACUCUUAACGACCAGGCGCUCGGGAAGAAUUGUCGCUCAGGAAUCACCCGUGUUAACCCGAGUAUUAAGCCGCGUUUCCGUUAUCGCAUUUUAGUCCGUUUUGCGUCCGGCAGUGUGUUGUAAGGUCUGUGUGUUUAUAAUGCAUGAGCUUAACAAAAUACUUCCACAAAACGGGCUUAAAUGCGACCAUGGAAACGCAAUUAUAAUACGCUCGGACAAGAGCAGAAUAUUACGCACGGCUACACGAGAACAACGAGCCGAGGCAGGCCAUAGAUCGGUGCAGGUUCUUUCCAAACCAUCACGAGUGACCGUUCCCUUCCUUGAGGGGGUCAGUGUAGAGUGAGCUUCCUGUAUCAUCACUUAAUGGGAAAUAAUGGCGCCGGUUAGUCCGAGUUACCGAGAAGGAGGUUGGGGCUGGGCGGUCGUUCUGGCCUGCUUCGUGGUAGAGUUCGUCUUUUUCGGCAACCUGAAAGCUCUAGGUGUUCUGAUCACUUAUAUGAAGGAGGAUUUCGGUACGGAGUUGUGGGUCGUCGGCUCCAUAGUCUCGCUACACUAUGCAGUACAGUUUAUUCUAUCACCCCUUGCCGCUGCUCUGGCACGCAAACUUAGCGGUCGCUCCUUGAUUCUUGUUGGCGGUACACUCUACGGAGUUGGUCUGGUGGUGUCUGCUUUUACGCACAGUGUCGCCAUCUUGGCUCUUGCCCUGGUUGUUAUCGCUGGAAUUGGGGUCACGUUUGCGGUGGAGAUCACUCAUGCCAAACUUGCUUUUUACUUCCGGGAGAAGUAUCCUUUAGCAGUUUUUAUCGCGCUUACCGGAUCGCCAGUCGGUAUGAUGCUGCUCGGUCCAAUAACCCAAGUUCUCGUGGAUACGUAUGGAUGGCGAGGAGCAAUGCUUCUCCUCGGUGGCGUUGGUUUUCAUCUUGUUGUAGGAGGAAUGUUGAUACGAAGGCCGCCGAUCUCAUACCAAGCGGUGCCCGAUCACGAGGAGCAACUCACAAUUGAUGGUAUCAACUCUCCUGGUAAAUCCUCGGAGGAGGUCAAACCCAAUAAGUCCAAGAUAUCCAAAUUCUGGAAUUCAGUUUUCUCUGUACUGUGUCUCGAGGUCUUCGUGAGUGCUGAAUUCAUGAUUGUAGCAACUAUGAGAAUGUUGUACAAUAUUGGCUACGGUGGUGUGGUUGUCUACAUAGUACCUAAUGGUCUGGCGCUUGGUCUGAGCACCAGGGAGGCAUCAUUCCUUACUACAGCUUGGGGGGUUGGGAACCUGGUUGGAUUGGUUCUGUGUGCUCUGGCUUUGCAUGUGAAGUGGAUAUCGGUCCGUAGCGCAGAAGGAAUAGCUGUGAGCGUAGUUGCAGUAGGAUUCGCCCUCGAACCCUUCGUCUCUCCAUUCGUGGGUCAGAUUCUCACUGCCUUCGUCGUGGGAGCUGGAAUGGGUUGCGCUAUCGAGGGGAUACUUGUCAUGACGAGGUGUCUACCUUUUGGUGACGACAAAUUUGUCAGUGUGUUGGGCUGGCAAACAUUUCUGAGUGGAGUAUCUGCUUCCAUUGGAGAUACUGUAGCAGGUUGGCUUUCUGAUGCGACUGGGAGUUUCCACGCAACAUUCUUCCUAUAUAGUGCCACCAUGGCAGCGAUAUUACUGUGUCUUCUUGUGGAUGCCAUUCGCAUCACUUCCACCGGGACCGAAUGUCCCAGUGGGCAGAUGGUUGCAAUGCCUUUACUCUUUAAGAAGGACUCAAGUACAAGAUUCGAAGGAAUGACCAUUCAACCAACAAUUCAGCCAAAUGAUAACACAACAUAAUAAUCAUGUACAAUCUUAGAAAAUUAUUAAUACUUAAUUAAAAAAUUAAUUAAUUUGGUACUUUAUAACAUAAAGUUAAGGUAAAAAAAAAAAUUCACAGACAAUUUAAAGUUAUUUUCAACAAGCCAUAUCAGAAGCUAUAAAAAAAUGGAUUUAAAGUAAAAUCAUUCUCAAAAAUGUCACUAAAUAAAGAGUUUUGAACCAGAACUAAAAAUAAACAAUAUAAAUGUGUAUAAUUAUGACUAAUACAAUAGAACUAGGUGCACCAUUAGACGUUAAAUUUCAGCAAGUAAAAAAUAAAAAAAACCGAAAAUGUAUUUUGAUUGAGACAAUAAAACUAGAUACCUUAUCAAACCAAAAUAUGGUAUACAAUGGUAUUAAAACUACAUGACAUAAACAAUGUACUUUUGAGGCUGCUGAUCUGCUUUCUAUAUUCAAACAUUUCGAUACAGAAGCCCCAGAAACGAAAGGGCUAUGCCUAAAGAAUUCUGAUUUGUAUUAAGAAUGAACAGGGUGUCCUCAGCUGCUUGUAUUGUGGUGUAAUGCUGCCGGUGCAUGUCAUGCAUGUUAAUGAGAUCUUCUGUAAUUAGGUAGGAGGGGUAUAAUACUUUUACAAAUUGUGUACCUGACUGCAUAAGUACCUAAUGUGGAUAAUGCACUUGAAUGAGUAUCAUAGCCCAGUAGAAUAACAUUUCACACAAUACAUGUGCUUCGGCAUACCGUAGGCAAUAGUAACACAUAUUUUUUUAUUGAACA